CCCUUUGCUUACAAGGAUACAGGGGCUUGCAUGGCGACACGGAGGGGAGGUCAUGAUGGAGAGACGCAGAGAGAGAGGAGGAGAGAGGGACGAGGAACAAGACAGGGAGAACUGAGAGGAGCAUCUGAGAGGAUAACUGCCUGUUUGCUCACUCUUGUCUCCUUGCUCCCCCUCCUGUCCAUUCACUUCCACUCACAGCACAAACGCUCAGACAGCUAUAGGUAGGCACAGCGGAGCGCAGAGCUCUGAGGGAUGGAUAAAAAGGUUCCCACGUGAAAGGCAUGAAUCCACGGAAGAGGAGGAGGGCGAGAUAGGAGAGAGAGAAAAAAAAAAACAGACACAACCAGAGAGGAGAGGAGAAGAGGAAGGGGUGAGGAGGAGAGGAAGGGGGAGACCAGAGAGGACCAGAUGGACUCCACACAGAGGAGAGGAAACGGUGCAAAGCUCACCGAGCGGCAGUGACAGAGAGGUGGGAAUAAGAGCAAACGUGAACGUCAGAGGGAUGGAAUAAUGGGAGGAAGAGAUGUGAAAGAGCAGCGAAGAAGAGGAGCGAGCGUUUGUGGGAGAAAGAGACAACACAGAGAGGAAACAGGAAGAGAGAGAGAUGUGGUAUGUGUGACUCAGUUCUGUGUCCUGAUGGAAGAUAGUACAGCAAUCUCCCCAUCAGUCUCCUCUCAGCAUCACCAUAGAGAUAACCAACCGUCUUCAGGAGCUCACUGUGUCUUCAGUCAUGAUAGAAUGAGUCACUGACAGAAGACUUCCGAAAGAAAGAAACAGAAGGAAAGUGAUAAAAUCUAAAGGAAGGGAAGGAGGACAAAAAAAAGGUACAAGAGACAGGCCACUAUGGGGAAUCAGGCAGCCCCAUCACAAACUUUGGCCAUCCAAUCUCCUGAGGGCCCAAGAGACAAAGCAAGAAGACAAGGAAGGGCCACCAAUUAGACAAGCUGAUGUGAUGGACACAGAAAGGAUGGACAGGUUGCGUUCCUUGUCUCCAUGCUUAUUUGCCAGUAACUUCUUUGGCCUAGUCAAGAGUUCACCUCCCUGCAAAGUUCAAGAAAAAUGGGAAUAAGAAGUGCACGGCUUCAGAGGACAUGGAACACUAUGGACACUUCUCAUGUGCUGAUUUGAAUGAAUAUUUGAUGCUGCAUAUAUUUAUUUUUGGAUGAGUUGAAGAGCAAAGGCCUAUACAGGUCUUUGGGUUAUCAUUUAUCACAAAGAUCUAUACUCAUUUUUUACUUAAUAUUACUACAAUGUGAACUGUGAAUAAGGAUAUCCAUCCUUUCUCGAGGACAAUCUGAGUUGCAAAAUAAGGUUUGGUGUAAAGAUUGGAGAUAACCUGAGCAGCUGCAUACAGGCCUAUUAAGAGACAGCUGUAUUACCAGUCUGCUCCGUGAUGGAACUGAAACUCAGUCAAUCAAUUGUACAGAUCUCUCAAUGUUAUAAUAAACAUAUAUUAAAGGAGAGGUCACUUUCCUUGUUGAUGCACUACCACAGCUAGGUUUUCACAAAAUCAAACAACCUGCAGAGCCUGUGGAUGUUGAGAAAUGGUGAGCAAAGAGCCAAACCACCUGCUUAGAGCCCAAACCAACGGCAAGAGCACCUUGGCGGACAAGCUGCCUGGGACGAUGACUGUGCGCUCAGUACUGCUCAAUCGAGACUCCCCGGAUAUUGAGAGCCGCCUGAAGCGGCGUCGCAGCCGUACCCACCAGGUCCGCUUCAAGGACCUGGAGGAUGGCAGCAGCAGCAGCGGCAACAGUGGAACAGGAGAAAACAAUAGCCAUCCGAAACCUGCCGCAGACUGUGCGAGCCCACAUCCUCUUCGUAAACACAGCAGCAGAUCCCCGCAGCCAUGGACCGACAGGGAUGGGCCACGGACCGGUGGCCUACCUGGCCAAACCUCUGUGGUUGGGGCCGUGCGUGGGGACAUGGCAAGUACUAUAGAAGUGGUGGCUGCUUUUUUAGCCAGGGCCCCUCCUCAUCCACUGACGCCGGGUCCUACACGCCGAUGCUGGGCUCCACCACAGACUAACUCAUUAACCUUGCCAAUGACUCGCAAGCCCAGUACGAGCACCAGCACAGCCAUCCAGACCUCCCCAUGCCUGAAAAAGCCACAGUCCCUCUCUUCCACCACCACACGUAGCCACAGCCUCGGGGACUCGGUUGGCGUAGAUGGGGAUGACGAACAUGACUCUCAAGAUGAGUAUCAUACGCACAACCAUGUGCCUGGGUCCAGGGACCUGAACGGUCCUCUUGGGCCUGGUGAUCGAACUGUUGUGGAACGGAGGUCGAAAGCCUCCAGGAUCGACAUUAAAUCAGCUGUUAGUGUGGUUAAAAACUCAAGGCACAGCUGUCCCCCUUCAGUCCUUCACAGCAUUGAGCCAUGUCACUGUUCCUCUGUGGUCCUCCGCGAUGGCCCCAAGCGGCAAGGAAGCAGCACUCCGUCAGUGGUCAGGAGGAGAAAGCGGCUUAAUAGGACAACAAGUGAUCCUGGAAAGGAGGUGCACUACUGCACCAUUCCUACUCAGACUGAAAGCCCUAGACGAUCUCCGUCUCUUUCCAAUACCAAACUCUGCACCACUCAAGUUCAAACUGAGAGCCCUCCCUCACCUCAAAAAUCGAAGUAUUCCACCGCCCAAAGUCAAACUGAGAGUCAGCAUAAGUCUCCAUCUUUGAGUGACAAACAAUGCACAAACCAAAAUCAAAUUAGUAACACUUGUUUGGCCCUACCUCCCAAUGUUGAGCUGUGUACCACUCAAAUACAAACAGACUCUCCCUGUCACUCUCCUGCAAAUAAUCAGCCCUCCGCUAUCCAGACACAAACUCGCAGCCCUUGUGCUUCCCCUCCUCCGACAGUAUCACCCAGCUCAGUGCAAAUUCAAUCUGUGAGUCCUGUAUCCCCAACUGUGACUCAAGACCCUCCCAAAACCCAAAUAACUACUGUGCCUUACUCUACCUCUCCCCUACCUACAAGUGCACCAACACAGACUCCUGAACACCAGGCCAUGGCACCAUGCUCCUCUCCAGCCAAGCCAGUUUGCACGACCCCAUCUCUGCCCAUAGCACUUUGCAUUCCUCGCUCCACUUCAACCCCGACUAUCAUCCAAAACCCAAUCCCCUAUCAUACAGUCCUGUUAACACCAACAACCCCUAGCACUGCUAAUGUAAGCUCCAGUCCUUCCUCGACUGCUCCACCAUGCCUCACUCAAAAGUGCACAUCUCCUGUCCCAAUGGUAUCAGAUGCUCCCUUAACCUGUUCCACCCCCACCCCGACUACAACCCCGAACAUAACUCCCUUUGACCCUAUCAGACAACUAACCACUCCUCCAAACGUAACACAUCAAGCACCACUCAAGUCAUCAAACACAACAACCCCAUCUAAUCUAACACCCUGUACAUUUGUAACCCAAACUGCUAUGUCUUGCACCUCCAUAUCAUAUUACACUACCACACAUCCAGGUGGUCCCCAUGCCCCUCACCCAAAUUCUACAUCCCCUUCUUAUGCGACUCUCAUACAAACUGUAUCUCGUUGCAAUAUACCAUGUCAAACUCUUCAAAAUGCCUCCUCCGUCAACACAGGCAUAACCCCCUACUCCUCUCCCGUCCCCAACCUUAAAUCGUGCACUUCUCCGCCUUCACUUGUAAAAACGUACGCGUCCACUCUUCCAAAUGCGCAACCAUGUGCAACACCAACUAAAGCUGUUCCUCUGUACUCUUCCACAUUUCGUGCUGCACCACCGUACACCCCCCCCUCUCAGGCCCCCAACAAUGCUCAGGAUAAAAGGGGCAUUCGACUUCCCCCUCCUCCCCCACCACCUCCACCCUACACGCCUCGUAAAAAGGGAAAUGAUCCACCAGGUCCUGGAAUCCGAACACCCAUGCUCAGGGCAGACAGCAAGGCCAAUGUGAAAGAUAAAGACAGUGGGAAGGAGAAAAAGGAGGAGAAAAAAUGUACAGACUCACCCAAGCUCUGCGAGCGAGCCAGCUCUCUGAAGCACAGAGCUCAAACCCCGCCAGUUGCUGCGAUGAAGGGAGAGAAGCAGUCCUCCUCAUCCUCUCCUGCCAAGGCCUGUUUUAAGCCCAGCUGUCUCAGCUCAGCCCAGGCUCAGCUUGGGGUCCUACACAAAAUGCUCUGCUCAGGAGCCAACGUAAGGCCCAACACUCCCAACAGCCAGCACCCUCUCCCUCCAAACCAGCAGGGUUGCUCGGGAGCCAGGGGCUGCUGUGCUUCUGGGGAGCAGUCUACAACGGGGCCCCUGACUGCCACCCAAGCUGACACACUAAGACAGGUCCAGGAAAUUCUGGGAGGGUUGGUGUCUGGGGCUAGGUGCAAACUGGACCCGUCCAGAGUGACAGAAAAGCUCCUGGGUCCCAAUGGACCCCUGCAUGAUAUUCGUAACUUGCAGACCCAGCUCCAAAGCUUGGAGGGGGUCCUGGAGACCAGCCAGAAUACCAUUAAGGUCCUGCUGGAUGUAAUUCAAGACCUUGAGAAGAAGGAAGCGGAGAGAGAUGGAAGACAUUCCUACAGGACCGGACAGGACAUUGAGAACUGUGGGACCUGCAGGGACUGUGCCUGCAUCAUCUACAGUGUGGAGCACGACUUUCGCCUGCAGGAAGGGCAGGUCGUACGCACAUGGAAGGUGGGCGACCCUCCGGAAGGCUCACCGCAGCCCUCCACUCCCCAGGCCUCCACACCCAACCAACAAGACUCCCCGCAGCCGGUGCGACCCCCGGCCACCACCAAGAAGAACAGGAAGAAAUGCUUCUGGUUCCUCUGAGCGCUGGAGGACGGAGAUAUUUUGAUACUGUAAUGCACUGCGUACUUUUCUUUAAAAAAAACUUUAAAAAACAAAACAAAUUACAAAGAAUUAACUAUGGUGGUACGGAAUGAACUGGAUACUUCAGAUUGAAACAUAAAACUGUGGGUGGAGAAAGCAAAAGACAAAGGUUAUGUUUUUAGCUGUUGGAGUUGAUGAAAAUGGUUUGACUGGAGCGCACAUGUUGUUACUGCUCUUAAAAUGCCUCUUCAGCACUCGCAGGUUUGAUAUGGUGCAGGGAAGUGAAAGUGCUGAAGUCAAAUAAAAGCGAAAGUUCAGUCCACAAUAUGGGAGGAAGCAAUUAGGAGAUAUAAAGAGAAUGUAUAGCAGGUGGAUGGGGGGGAAGGGGCAAAGUGCAACAGGCAAUACAGCCGAGACGACAGAGCAUAUUUAUAAAAGAUGAUAUUAUUAGAGUUUAUAGGCAAAGAGGGAAAAAGACAAAGAGAAAAAGAUGUAUCUUCAUUAAUGGACUUCAUCAAAUCGGUCAGAACACCAGCUUUUAUAUCCACUGACAUUUAAAAAGAAUUAUUAUGAACUGUAUUUAAAACUUUUAAUAUACUGUAAUUGAUUACACAUGUCUACAUGCACAUGCAUUAACAUAUACAUAAAAUAACUGAUGAACAUUUACAUUCAAAGCAAAUAUAAAAUGAGAUAAUGGGUGAAUUGAGUUCUGUACAUACCAGAGCUGUUCUGCUUGGAUGCUAUAUUUCAGAUAUGGAUUACUGCUCUAUAAAAGUAUUUUACCACA